AUGCCGACCUCUACGCUCGCUCGUGUCGUUCACAGAACGGUCCUCCGGCCCGCCGGCAUCCGCGCCGCCGCCACCGUCACCGUGAUCCCCCUCCAGCACAUGCGCUCGUCACCGCAGUUUAUUCAACAGCGGUUCGCCGCCACCUCAGGCGACACUUCCAAACGCGGAAGCGGAAGCAGCAGCGGCCGUGGCUCUCGCUCUUCAGGUAGCGGUGGAGGUACCGAAAAGACCGAGCCCGAGAUCCUCGCUGCUGACAUUGAUGCGGAACUCGAUUACCCGAUUGCUGCGAUGGACGAGCAGUACAGCACUACUUCGUGGUCUGAUACUCCGGCUGGAAAGUCUGCGGCUGCGAAGAUGGCGUCGGCGGCGACGAGUGCGGGUGCAAGUGAGCAACAACAGUCGACGACGUCUGGGAAAACGACGACGGCGAGUGGAACUAAGCAUGAGACGUUGGUGGGGAAGGCGGAUAAUACCUUGUUCUACCUGGCAAUGGGAUUCCUUGGUCUAACUGGCGCUUACCUCGUACUUAAGCCCAACCCACACCCGUCGGCUUCCACAGGAAGCAGUGGUGUUGUUGAGCCGCGCGUUGACGCGAAAAGCAGCUCCUCCCAGCCUCCUUCUACUCAGAUGCAGCAAGGAGGUUCACCACCAGCAUCAGUCCGCCGAACCUAG